AAUAAGCCUUUUCACUGUUGGCAGUAUGAAAUGUCUGAAGUCUAUGAAUUGGUGCAAUAACAUUCUUCAAAGUUUGAAACUUUGACAAGAGCUGCUUAUCUCAGCUUGAUUUGAUUAUUAUUAUUCUAUGCGGAGUGGUUUUUGUCUGGUCUGCAAAUGCAGUGUUUUCUAUUUGUUUCUUAGCUCCAUCAAAUGCCAAUCGUGAUCAAGAGAUGUCAGAUACGUGGGAUAGAACAAAACUGGUAAAAUAUUAAUAUGAAUUAGAUUGUGCAAGAACAGGGUUUGUUUCUUAUUUUAGGGUUUCUAUGUUGUGAUUUUGCUGUCAAAUCUCAGCCACGGCUUCUGGUGAGGAUGAUCUGAAGAUCUGAGGAAACAUUCUGUUUUGUUCUUCUGUGAAAAGAGUAUUCCUUAAAGAAAGAUUCGAUUUUGACUAUUAUAUAUAUAUUAUUAUAAAGAGAGUAUGAAGGUGCUAUUUGGGAGCCCAGGGACUGUGAGUGGGUUGUCUCUAAGGAUUGGGCAGUCUGUGUUUGCAGCUGUUUCAAUUGUGGUGAUGGCUUCUGCUUCUGGAUUCUCUAUUGCCACUGCUUUCUGUUAUUUAAUUGCAUCAAUGGGGCUUCAAGUUUUGUGGAGCUUCGCACUUGCUUGCCUUGAUGCUCAUGCUUUGAGGAUGAAAAGAGACAUGCACACUCACGUCUUGGUGAGCCUGUUCGUUGUUGGUGAUUGGGUGACAGCCACUUUGUCCCUCGCUGCUGCGUGCUCGUCAGCUGGUGUGAUGGUUUUGUUCGACAGGGACACGACAAUCUGCCAGAGAAUGGAGGGCCUAUCGUGCCCCAUGUUUCAAGUCUCGAUCUCGCUGGCUUUCUUGUCCUGGUUUCUCCUCGCCUUCUCCUCUUAUGUCAUGUUUUGGCUCGCUGCCUCGAAUUAGGUACACCGUGAUUAGCUCCUCCACCACGCACCAUAUUGAUUGUUCAACCGAGUGUUGUGAAUAUUUACUGAUUUUGGCAAGGUAUAGAGACCAAAGUUUCAAGCUUGUUUUAUGAAGCUUUUUGAUCCCUUCUCAUUUUUGAUCUACGACAGACAAUCAUGUACAGAUACCACAAUAGUUCAUAUCAAGUCCUUUCUCAUAUAUACAUAUAUUUUUGUCUUUA